AUGGAAUCAUCAGCGUUCCCAUCUGCAACCCCAGUCCAAUUCUCGCCACAACUGCUCCAUGCUUUAGAUGCGUCUACAGAGACAAGCGUCACUCGGUCCGAGCACAAGUCUCAAGAAAUUGCCAAGCAGGUCUCUGCCAAACUCGACUCUAUUCUAUCCUCUAAAGUCAUGGAAUUAGAUGACACCAUCGAGAAGUCAUUAUUGAAGACCGAUAACGGGGUAGGUGCCCCAAUGCUCAACGAAAAACUUGAUGUUGUUUACUCUAAAUUGAAGUCAUCUGCCGAAGCCAAAAUUGCAAAGUCUGACUCUCUCAAAGCUGCUGAAGAAUCAGUUGCUAAUUGCCUAUUGAAAAACAAGGGCAGACCGCUAAACUGCUGGGAUGAAGUACAGGAAUUUAAGAAAUUAGCUGGUGUCCCAUAG